CUGUUCUGGCAUCAGAAUCGCGACGACAGUGAAAUACCAAAUAUCUGUCUCACACCCGGCUUGUGUCCUUGCAGAGAGUCAAGAUGUUUAGACCCGAAUUCGAGUCAUGCUCAGCAACCUACUAGCCUUGCCUACGUCUAGAUACGCGAUUGGCCUGGCCAUCCUACCAGUUGCCAUUCCGCUCACCUACCUUCUCUACCUCGACCGCGCCGUCAAAGAGAAGUACAGCGUCGAAACCGGCCUGCGCAGUCGAACGCAACGCGUUUCGACCAUUCAACCGACGGCCCUCACGCCGCCGACGACCCUUCCGCACGAUGUUUUGGACAACAAAUUGGAAUGGGUGUUGGCAUACGAACGGGUCACAUCGGAGCCCGUGCAACUGUCCCGCCCGCCCCUUAACCUGCAAUCGGACCUCUCCGGUUUUCUGACAAGCUAUGUCCGAGGAACCAUGACCGCAUUCAGCCGGACACCACAGGCCUUCGUCCUGUGGGCGUCUGUUGGGGAUAGCCGGUUGAGAAAGACGUUUAACGCCCAGUUCAUCCAAAAUCUCGACUUCCAGGAAGGCGACCGCGUGAAUGGGUUCUGGCGGGUCGCUUACCGAGGCGACGGGAAGUUGCCGGGUAGUAGUGAGCGUAUCGAGUUGCUGCUCGACGCUCCGUCUACCUACAAGGGACCUGUUACCCGGGGCGUGGUCGUCGCCGAAGUGAGCAGGCAGGACAUUGGGGAUCUGGUGUUCAUCAACGAGACUUGGAUGUGGAGGACCAAGAGCGAAGCGUCUGUCUUGUUGGAGCGCAGCAUAGGGCAGUGGCUGCACACUUUGCUUUCGGCGUGGCUUGUGAGGAAGGGUAUCGAGGCUGUGACGGUGAAGAUGGAAUCGGCCUGUGAAGUCAAUUCGACAUGUCAAUCUUAGAGGGCAAGUAGGCUCUAGGCUAUCCCAAGGCGGGACAGUCUCCCCUGGCACAGUGCCUGCCAGAAAAGUCAGCAGUUUAG